AGGCCGUCUUCCAGUACGCGGCUCGUGCGCACGAGGUAAACACGGCGAUCACAAUCGGAUCGACAAUCGGAAUGGAGUGACGCGUGAAAAGUGAGGUCAGUCGAUUGCCUCCAGUCCGAUUGUCAGGGCCAGCAUCAUGUACGGUUUUGUGAAUUACGCCCUCGAGCUCCUGGUCGUGAAGACCUUCGGCAGUGAGACGUGGGAGACGAUAAAAAAAGAUGCAGCGGUUAAUAUGGAAGGACAGUUUCUGGUGCGGCAAAUCUACGAAGACGAGAUUACCUAUAAUCUGAUAUCUGCAGCUGUCAAUAAACUUAAUAUUCCUGCCAAUGAAAUACUUGAAUUGUUUGGUCGAAUGUUCUUCGAGUUUUGCCAAGAUUCUGGCUAUGACAAGAUCCUUCAAGUUCUUGGAGCAACACCUAGAGAUUUUUUGCAGAAUUUGGACGCGCUUCACGAUCAUUUGGGUACGUUAUAUCCGGGCAUGAGGGCACCAUCAUUUAGAUGUACAGAAAGACCCGAGGAUGGCGCGCUUAUUUUGCAUUAUUAUUCAGAUCGACCUGGUUUGGAACACAUCGUUAUUGGAAUUGUUAAGACCGUUGCGAAAAAACUACACGACACGGAUGUUGACAUGCAGAUAGUGAAAACUAAAAGCGAAUGCGAUCAUGUACAAUUCCUCAUAACUGACACAUCAGGGCCAGGAGUCGUAUCAAAUCCUAUGAUCGCUGAAUUGGAAACAUUGUCUGUCGAACCGAAGGUCAGCCCAACAACGUUCUGUCGAGUGUUUCCUUUUCAUCUAAUGUUUAAUCGGGACCUUACCAUAGUUCAAACCGGAUGUACCAUAACGCGUGUUAUACCUCGCGUUUCUAGCGGUCAUUGCAAACUAAGCGACAUUCUCUUAACUGUCAGACCGCAUUUGGAAUUAACAUUCGAAAAUAUAUUGUCGCAUAUUAAUACAGUGUAUGUGCUAAGAACAAAAAAAGGAGUUAUGCUUGUUGAUGCUGCCGAGGAAUAUUCGUCUUUACGUUUAAAGGGUCAAAUGUUGUAUAUACCUGAGACCGAUAUGGUUAUUUUUCUGUGUUAUCCAAGUGUUAUGAACCUGGAUGACUUAACUAGGCGGGGUCUGUACUUGAGUGACGUCCCUCUGCACGAUGCCACUCGAGAUCUGGUUCUGAUGUCUGAACAGUUUGAGGCGGAUUACAAAUUAACGCGCAACUUAGAAUUACUCACCGAUAAACUGCAGCAGACGUAUCGCGAACUUGACGGCGAGAAGCAGAAGACCGACAGGUUGCUUUACUCAGUGCUUCCUAUUUCGGUGGCGAAUGAGCUUAGGCAUUCACGACCGGUACCAGCGAAAAAGUAUGAUUGCGUUACUCUUCUGUUCUCCGGUAUAGUCGGCUUCGGAGCUUAUUGCGCUGCUCAUACAGACUCUAAUGGCGCUAUGAAGAUCGUUAAUAUGCUCAACGAACUGUACACGGCUUUUGACGUGUUAACUGACCCAAAAAAAAAUCCUAACGUCUAUAAGGUAGAGACUAUCGGUGAUAAAUAUAUGGCAGUGAGUGGAUUGCCGGAACCCUGUCGUUGUCAUGCACGAUGCAUCGCACGCCUAGCAUUGGAUAUGAUGGAUCUCGCGGCGGAUGAAGUGCAGAUCGAUGGAGAGCCCGUGGUAUGUACAAGCUGUCUGCACUCCGCUAGGUAUACUUUGAUACAUGACUAUGUAUCGAAACGCUUUGAUCUGAAAAGAGUUGACAGUAUAAGUCAAUUUAAGAUUGGACGUUAAACGUUACACGUUGUA